AUGCCGCGCGGCUUACCCGUCGCGGCUAGCGUUACUGUUGGUGCACUUGUUGUGGUGUUUGUGAUGCGUCUGUGGAGGAGGUGUCGGGCCCCCUCGGCAGCUUCCACCACCUUCGCUUCUAAGUACGCCGCGAUGCUACAGCAGCAGAAGGAGCGUACUAGCAAAUUCACUGAGGGUGCCGCUAGAGUGAUGAUCAUUUACGGCAGCACCUCUGGUAACGCCGAAACUUAUGCCACGGGGCUCGUAACCAACCUAACGGAGCGCGGUGUCGACACGGUACUCAUUGACCCCUCUGCAUGGGCCCACCUUAAUCAGCGCAGCUCACAGCAGCCGCUCUUCCCGCCAAGUACCAAGGGCGAGUUGCCUAUUGUGGUGUGUAUUGUCUCUACGACGGGAGAAGGGGAAGUACCAGCUAAUUUUUUCAGUUUCUUUGCAGAGAUGCAGGAGGCUCUGGAGGAUGUGGAUGAGGGGGAGAAGAAGCCGUUUGCUAACGUGUCGUACGCCGUCUUUGCCCUCGGUGACAGUUCUUACAAAUACUACUGCCGGGCAGGAUUAAAUGUGAAUAUGAUUUUUAAAAAGGGAGGUGGGGUGGAGCUCCUUCCUAUUGUUCUGGGGGAUGCGCGCAACCCAUUUCGGGAUGAUGUAUUUGAAGAAUGGGAAGAAAAACUCAUGGAUGUGCUCGAGCAGAGGUGCGGUGUGGUGUUGGGUGCCGAGUCUGAUGUUCCCCCACGGCCACAGCUGGUGUUCCAGUUUGCACCGGAGAGGCCUAUUAGCGAACUGCCCUAUACACCGCCAUCUUCGCUGCUGGAGCCAUCGAUGCAAUUUCCUGCGCAGUUCCUGGUCCAAGCCAAGACACCGUGCACCGAGAAACGUAGGGACGGCAGCUUCGUGCUCCAUCUCAUUCUGGAUAUUGAAGGGAACACGGUGAGUUACCAGGCGGGGGAUCACCUCGGCAUGUACCCUGCCAACCCCCCGGAUGUGGUCGAAGCGUACCGAAAAGCGCUGAACAUCUCCGAAAAGGACUGGGUGACGCCUGUGUUGCUUGGCACAGUCGCCAACUCACGCGCUCGUGCCUCUUUUAGAAACACUUUUCCCGCCUGCGUUGCCUUGCGCACGGUGUUUGAGCGGUAUUUGGACCUUUGCGGGAGGCCUCGCAAGUCGAUGCUGCGCUUCUUGGCGAAGUACUGUACUGAUCCAACAGAGAAAGCAUCAUUCUUGGAACUACUCUGCCGAGGUAUGAAGGGUAAUGGUGAAAAUAAAACAGAGAUGAACGGAUCAUCGCCAAAUUCAUUAUCGAUCUUCCGAAUUCCGCUGGAUUAUUUAAACAAGUUUCCGAGCUGUUGCUGUGUUCCUAUUGGGCAUUUCUUGGAGAUGAUGCCACGUGUACAACCGAGGUUUUAUUCGAUCGCCUCCGAUAUGUUGACGCAUCCCACGACAGUGGAAGUGUUCAUCCGUAUCAUUCCCAAUGGAAUGAACUCGCAGUAUCUGCAGAAGAUAGAUGUGGGGGAAAAGAUCACGGCUUUCAUACACAAAACAUCAUUUCACCUCCCAAAGAAAUGCGGUGGACGUCCGGUCAUAAUGAUUGGCCCUGGUACAGGCGUUGCGUCGAUGCUGGGGUUCUGUCACCGGCGGGCCGCACUAAUGAAGCAGCAGCCCAGCAUCACACAUGGAUCUAUGGUCCUUUUUUUUGGUGCUCAGAAACGUGCAACAGAGUAUUUUGUGCGUCAAGAGCUGGAGAUGUGGUGCCCUCAUGGGGAAGGGAAGCUACCGAGUCCAGAUGUGUUACCGCCUUCUGUACUAACGCUCCUUGAUGUUGCUUUCAGUCGUGAUCAGGCAGAAAAGUACUAUGUGACAGAUCUUAUCGAGAAACACAAGGAUUACCUCCUACAACUCCUUACUAACACGACGAAGGGUGGCUGUAUCCUUUAUCUGUCAGGGAAUGCGUCACAUAUGGCAAAGAGCGUGGACAAGGCAUUAUUGAAUGUACUGGUCUACGGUGGCAUGACGCGCUCUGCGGCGUCUGCCUUUUUACGGAAAAUGGAGAUGGAACACCGAUACUUGAAAGACAUUUACUGA